CCUAGGUGGUCGCGUGCCCCGUUUCGACCCCACAGCCUUUGUGAAAGCGAAGGAGAAGCAGCAGAGAGACAUCAAGAUGAAGCAGCAGCAGCGGAACCGACUGGGCAGCGGAGGAAGCGGGGACGGUCCGUCCAUCUCCUGGUCUCGGCAGACCCGGCCUCCCGCUGCCGUGACCGGCCGAGGGGACGCGGCCAACCGCUCCCGGAACCGCAGCUCCUCGGUGGACAGUUUCCGCAGCCGCUGCUCGUCCGCCAGCUCCUGCAGCGAGUUGGAGGAUUUCUCGGAAUCCCUCCCGAGAGGCGCUGGCCGCCGCGGGAAGCCUCCCAGACCCCCCACCUGGAGCGGGUCCAACAGGCAGCAGAAGUCCAGCCCCGUGGAACGCGGCCGCCAUCAGAGACGCCUGGCCAGUUCGGGGGGCUGGGUCCCCAUCAAAGAGUACAGCUCCCACCACCAGGCGGCCGACAGGGCGGAACUAGACGCCGGCCUGAAGGCCCUGCAGGAGUACAUGAUCCGCCUGGACACGCGGUCGUGA